AUGAGCACCACACCAACCCCAGGCCCAGGCAGAGAGAGCCUACCGCCCAAGAAGAGGGACCCCAGACCAGGCCUCUCAGAGCAGCUUCCUGCUGUCACAUUCAAGGUCCCCUUCCCUUGCAAGAGCCAUAAUGUAGUCAAGACCUACAUUGCAUCCCACUCAGACCUGCUCCCACCUACUCAUGCAUCUGUGCCCCCGCUAUACCAGCCCUGGACCCAGUCCCCCACCACAGCUGCCACCACCAGAGCCAACCAUCUCUCCUCUCCUAUCAGGGAUAGCCAUGGCUGGGCUGAGUGGAGGAAGCACUAUUACAGAGAUUGGGCUGCAGUGCCGCCAGGCUGGCAUGUUCCCUAUAUUUUCCAUCACCGCUCCACGCAUCCCUCAGAACACCCACGCUGUCCCUCUAUCUGCAGAAAUAUGGCCCAGCCUACAGAGGAGCCCAGUGGGGUGGAAACAGGGUACAGUUGGCACUUUAAUACAAAAAUGAGGGAUAAGUUAAAUUCACACACCGAACAGCAAAACAGACAGAGGGGCCCAUAUCUGAGAAGAGAGAAACAGGGGGUACACCAGCCACAACCCAGCUCAGAGGCAGGUUCUGCCCCCCUGAACACUGAUCUAUCUCCUACUGCCUACAAGGACCUACACCACCACCCUGAACUGGUCUACACACACCAUUCCACAGCCCCCAAGUAUCCUGCUUCAGGGCAAAGUCCUUUGGAGUUUGCAGCACAAUCUCCCAUAAGACCAUCACUUACUGUUCAGUCAACAGAGAAAUACUGGACUGUGGGAGUAACAGAAAAAGUAGGAGUGUCUCCCCCUCUCUCCACCCAUCACUCUUCUUACCCCUCCACCUCUUCUGACCAGCUGCCCUGGUUGCUCCCUCACUUUGCGGCAGGCUCUCUAAUCGAGCUCAGAGACGGGCGACUGAGGAGGGUGGAGGAUUUGCAGACAGAAGACUUCCUGAUCGGCGCAGAGGCCUGUCCAGCGCUACGUCUGAGCUACUGCACUGUGCAGCACAUCUCCCCCUCCACAGCCCCAUCCCUCUCCCGCCUCCUCAUCCUCCUACACGAGGAACACACUCAGGUGAGCUGGUCCUGAUCCUACUGAGUCUACUACAUCAUUACAUCACACAGGCUCAUGACAGGGUCAGUGUGUUUUUGGUCAGUGUGUUUUUGGCUACUUACAUUUCCAUAAUUUAUAACAUGGAAUUCAAUAUACAAGAUAUCAUACAUAUUUGCAAAGGGUACACUUCUUGAUCAGUCUACAUCAUAAAGUAAUGUAAAUAAAAUGCAAAUGAUUUACAUUCCUAAAGUAUCCCUCAUCAUAACUCCCGAGUGGCGCAGUGGUCUAAGGCACUGCAUUGCAGUGCUAGCUGUGCCACUAGAGAUCCUGGUUCGAAUCCAGGCUCUGUCGUAGCCGGCCGCGACCGGGAGACCCAUGGGGCGGUGCACAAUUUGUCCAGGGUAGGGGAGGGAAUGGCCGGCAGGGAUGUAGCUCAGUUGGUAGAGCAUGGCAUUUGCAACGCCAGGGUUGUGGGUUCGAUUCCAGUAUUUUUUAUUUAUGCACUCACUAACUGUAAGUCGCUCUGGAUAAGAGCGUCUGCUAAAUGACUAAAAUGUAAAUGUUGAAAAUGUACGCAUUGAUGCCAAUCCCCAAUUGCAGAACCCUACCACCACUUAGUGGACAAAGAGAGGUACUGCAUUAUCAAGACUAACAGUAUCUCUCAUCACAGGAGUUUCUGGAUGUGUAUGUGGAGUACCCGUUCUUUGUGCGAGGGCGUGGCUGGUCCUCUUGCUGCCCCCCAAGAACAGCCCGUCUGUGUGGCCUCCGCUGCCAUCAGCUCAGUGUUGGUGAUGUCUGCCUGGCUCUUAUACCUACAUCACCCUCUGCCCCCCUACCCACCCAGCCCCAGGAGCCUGGCACCCCAGCCAGAAGGAGACAUGAAGGGCAUAAGCCUCUACAAACGUCCUGUCCACAUUCUCCCCUUCGCCCUGCUCCAGACAGGCCAAUAGAAGGGCAGGGAGGGGGGCUGGGCCCAGCACGGAAGAGGCGUUGGUCAGCCCCUGAGCUGUGUGGCCCAGGCACCAACUGCCCGUACUGA